AUGAAAUUAAAUGAUGAGUUUGGGUUUAAGGUGGAUGUACCACCGUCUCGACUGCUCCCCGUCACUCCAACCAGCGGCGGCGGAGGAGACGCCCCCAAUCAGGCGAAUACGGUCUACUGCAAGAACUCUGCCUGUAAAGCCACAAUGAAACAGGGCGAUACGUUCUGCAAGAGGUGCUCGUGCUGCAUAUGCCACAAGUACGACGACAACAAGGACCCGAGCUUGUGGAUGAUUUGCAGCACCGAUCCGCCUUUCCAAGGCCCUGCUUGUGGAGGGAGGGGGCUUCCUGCGACGGGAGGGCGAACGGCGGCGGCGACGGUCAUAAAUGGCGAACGACGGCGGCUAGACAGAUUAGGGGAUUAG